AUGGCGCCCUCGACGACAACAGACGAGAACGAUUGGCGGCGUGUUAUCCCUGAACAAGCGUCCAUCCCGUCUUUCCAGGUCUUCACAAAGCCAAUCCAGAAAUCCGAGCAGGAUGAGCGUGAUUACAGACUCAUCCGGCUCGACAACGGAUUGAAGGCUCUCCUUGUCCACGACAGCAAGGCAGACAAGGCUGCCGCCGCUUUAGACGUUGGUGUGGGCCACCUGUCAGAUCCUGAUGAUAUGCCAGGGUUGGCCCACUUCUGUGAACACUUGUUGUUCAUGGGAACUGAGCAAUUUCCUCGCGAGAACGAAUAUGCCGAGUAUCUGGCGAAGAAUAACGGUGGAUCCAAUGCCUAUACAUCGACAUCCAACACCAAUUACUAUUUCAAUGUCUCGACGGCGGCCCUCCCUGGAGCACUGGAAAGGUUCUCCGGCUUUUUCCAUUCUCCGCUCUUCGCUCCCAGUUGCACCUCGCGUGAGCUAAACGCUGUGGACUCUGAACACAAGAAGAAUCACCAGACCGACUUGUGGCGCAUCUUCCAACUGAACAAGCAUUUGAGCAAACCAGGUCACGUCUGGUCCAAGUUUGGCAGUGGAAGUAGGGAGAGUUUGACCAAGGCUGCCAGGAGCUUGAAGGCGUUGGGAAAGCUGGGAGAGAAUGGGAAACAGCGAGACAGCCUUCAGGCAUCACCGGCGUCUUCUCGCAUUCCAUCCCCCGCUCCGUCUACUACUUCCAGCUCGAGCGACUCCGAGGCUGAUGGUGGCGCAGUUGGAAGAGAGACCAGGCGACGUGUGGUUGAGUGGUGGACCAAGGAGUAUUGCGCAAGUCGUAUGAAUCUUUGUGUUAUUGGCCAAGAAUCCCUGGACGAAUUGGCAAAUAUGGUCUCAACCAACUUCAGCCCCGUUCCCAACAGGGAUUGCCAGGCUUAUCCUUCUUGGCGUGAACAUCCCUUUGGCGAGAAGGAGAAAGGAACACUGGUUUCCGUUGCGACAGUCAUGACUUUCCAUGCCUUGGAAAUAUCCUUCCCACUGGAAUGGCAAGGGCACAACUGGCGCACCAAGCCCGCUCACUUCCUAUCUCACUUCAUCGGACACGAAGGCCCUGGGUCCUUGCACUCUUAUCUAAAAGGCAAGCAUUGGAUUACGGCACUGAGCUCGGGCCCGCAAAACCUUGCAAGAGGAUUCGCCAUGUUCAAAAUCACUGUUCACUUGACGGAGGAAGGCUUCAAGAACUAUCGGGAUAUUGUUCUCGCCGCAUUCCACUACAUCUCUCUUCUCCGGUCUGCUGAGUUUCAGCCCUUUGCUCAACACGAACGAGUUCUGUUGUCCCAGAUCAGGUUCCGCUUCGCGGAGAAAAAGCGACCGGAUGACUAUGCCUCAGCCGUAGCUGAGAAUAUGGCCUCCCCCGUCCCACCCGAGCGCCUAAUCUCAGCAACACAGCUGACGUGGGAUUGGGAUGACAAUGGAGCAGAUGAACGUAAAGUUCGGGAAUAUCUUGAAACUUUCCGUCUCUCUGAGGGACGGGUCGUUCUCAUGGCUAAACAAGAAGAUCACGAAAAGAUUACCCCUGGAAUUGAAUGGUCGAAAGAGCCAUGGUAUGGGACCAGCUAUAAUGUCAAGGAGUGGGAAUCCGAUUUCAUCGAACAAGCUAAUGGACCAAACACCUUGCCGGAGCUAUAUCUUCCCGGGCCAAACGAAUUUAUUCCAACAAACCUUGACGUUGAGAAGCGUGAUGUGCCUGAGCCACUGAAGCGACCUCACCUUAUCCGUGAAACACCGCUAUCAACCCUAUGGCACAAGAAAGAUGACAGGUUCUGGGUUCCUAAAGCCAGGAUUGUUAUCGACAUUCGCAGUCCAUUCGUCAACGAGACUGCGCGAUCCUCGGCCUUGAGUCGGCUCUAUAUUGAUCUCGUCAAUGAUUCGUUGACCGAGUUCACCUAUGACGCUGAUCUUGCAGGCCUCUCCUACAACUUGUUUUCUCAUAGCACUGGGAUCUACAUUGCCGUCACUGGUUACAACGACAAAGUCUCCGUACUCCUCAAACACGUCCUGGAGAACAUCAAGAACAUCAAGAUUGAGACUGGUCGCUUCCAGGCCAUCCAAGAGGAGGUCAAACGGGAAUGGAGAAACUUCUUCUUUGGGCAGUCGUAUAGCCUCUCGGAUUACUAUGCGCGCCACCUCUUGACAGAGCAACAUUGGACCAUUGAGGACAAAUUGCGAGAGCUGAUGACGAUCAAGGAAGACGAGCUUCCUGGUCAUAUCAAUAAAAUCCUGAAAAAUGCCAAUCUCAGGAUGUUGGUCGCAGGGAAUGUGUACAAGGAUGAGGCGAUCAAGAUUGCGGAAAUGGCAGAACAAGGUCUCGAGCCCAUCUCGCCAGAUGCUAUCAAAGAGAAUGCCCUCGUCCUGCCCCCUGGGUCCGACAAUAUCUGGACACUGCCUAUCGUCAACCCCAACCAAGCUAACUCGGCCAUUACAUACUUUGUCCAUUUUGGGUCCGUCGCCGACCAACGGCUUCGGGUGUUGUCGUCCCUGCUGGUCAAGAUUCUCAGCGAACCGGCGUUCAACGUCCUUCGUACUCGGGAGCAGCUCGGAUACAUCGUGUUCUGCACCGCCUGGACGUUGGCUGGGUCUAGCCAAAAGGGCAUGCGGAUCGUCGUCCAAAGUGAGAAGUUCCCGUCAUACCUGGAGGAGCGUGUCGAAGCUUUCUUGGAUGAGAUGAAGGAGAGACUGGCGACUAUGAGCGACGAGGAGUUUGCUGAGCACAAGAAGAGUCUAGAGAGGAAGUGGCUGGAGGUCGACAAGAACAUGAAUGACGAGGCGUCAAGGUUCAUCUCGCAAAUCAACAGUGGCCAGUUGGACUUCUUGAGAAAUGAGAACGACGCUCGAUUCCUCUCGAGUGUCACUAAGCAAGAUGUCGAGGAACUGUUCCUUAGCAAAGUGCACCAAUCGUCCCCUACUAGAUCAAAGUUGGCUGUCCAUAUGAUCUCCAAGAAACCGAGGACCAAGAAAGUCAGCUUAGAAGCUGCUGAGAGAUUCGAACAAGAAGUGUCGACCAAAUUCCCCAACGCGGAUGCGAAAGGCUGGAGAGAGGCGCUAGAGGAGAACCCCACCCAGACCGAAUUUGUUCAAUAUUGGACCGGCGUCCUCGGCGAUUCCGAGGAAAGCAAAUCGCUGUUGGAAACCAUACCCGCUCUCAUCGAAGAGUACCCUGUGCCUGGAGAGAAACAAGUAGAUAAUAAGCCUUCGGCUACCUAUAUCACUGAUGUCCCCGCCUUCAAGGCUGGAUUAACAUCUGCACCACCCACAGGUCCGCUGGUCGAGUGGAACGAUCUUCCUGUACCCAAGUUCUAG